CGGCGCAGGCUGUGGCAUUUCCUUUUCCGUGGGACGGGCUAUAACGCCGCGCGUGCGCAGAAGAGGCUGCGCAUAAUUUUGGCUGUAAUGGAUGAAGUGAAUCCUCUCUGAAUUCAGGGCCGUGGAGCGUUUUACAUCCACGAUCAUCGCCCCGUUUCUAGGUCUGGUUUCUUCCCAGAGCCGCUCAAGUGAACUGGAAUCAAUUUUAACACAUAAAUAUGUGACCAUUUCCGUUGAAUGUGAAACCGCAGAGAGUUUACACUGAACAUUAAAGCGAAUAUGUGAACAAGAAGCAAGCGGGUCAAGUUUUAUUUUCAGUUAUGUGGGGCAAUAUCCCUGCAAAGCGAGCUUUACUGCUUCAAAGCUCGGAAACCGUGCGCGAGGAGAGCCAAACGUCUGUUUAGGCUUUGGUGUCGAACAAGGAUAAACAAUCUAAAACAAGGACAGCCUGUAUUUUUCUUCUUUCUUUUUGUCUUUUCGAGGGACGCUAGCUUAGCUGAAGCUAGCCGAGAGGCGCGAGCGCAAUGCGCUGCUCGAGGCACCCUGGAAACGACCAGUGAUGCCAUCGUGAAGGACGAUAUCGUUAAACAGAUCUUUAUUUUUUAUUGUUUUUGGCGUUACACUCUUGGAUACGUUUCGACGCGAUUCGGAGAAGACGCGGGACCGGGGAUGACUCGUGGAUAACCUCUGCGCGUCGAACAGCGUGCGCAUCUUUGUUUUGCUUUACUCCGACUCUUCCGUCUGGCAGGAUUUCACGCUUUUACCCAACACUGAGCGAUUUGUGUUGUUCAUGUGCUGUCUUGACCGCUUAGGUCCACGUCUCCGGAGGACAGAGGUAUGCCUGGAUCAGACCGCCUGCAUGGGACCAAGAGGAAGGCUGAACCGCUCUACCAGCAGCAGCAGGCGGCCGGCGGGGAAGGCCAGCCUCUGCACGCGGGCUCCGGUAGGCAUCCCACCAAAACGGCGAGCUCGUCCGCUUCUUCCAAGCACAAACGAAGCAAGUCCAAACACGAGGCCGACGCCGGCUCCGCGUGCGCUGCCGCCGUGCCUCCAGCAGUGGGCGCCAUCAAGCCUCUGGUGGAGUACGACGACAUCAGCUCCGACUCGGACACGUUCCUGGACUCCCCCGCCACCGGAAAACCGGCGGAGAGCAGGGACGCGGAGCGCUUAGAGCGCCCGGACUACGGCGAGGCGGGGGUGGCGAACAGGACUCACAAACACAAGCGCUCCCGGAAGAAAUCCAAAGACCCGCAUCGGGUCAGGGAGUCCGCGGAGAGGGCGGAGGCCGGCGGCAAGAAGGGCGGCAAAGACCGGGACAGAGCGAGCAAAGAGAGCCGCAAGAAGGCUAAGGAGAAGUCUAGCCCCACCGCGUGCCUUGCGUCCGCAUCCAGACGCUCAGGUGAGUCAGGCAGCAAAAGGCCCGGCGACUCUCUCUCAUCCGGUGCGGUGCAGUCCGCCGUCAGUCUGGGCAGCAGCGCCUCCUCAGCCUCCUCCUCCAUCAGUAAGGAAAGCGGCCGCUCUUCGAAGUCACGCAAAGACAAGCGGAGGAGCGAGGAGUAUGAGGAGGACCGGAGCCACCGGAAGGCCGUCAAGAGCCACAAGUCGAGCCCUAAAGGGAAGGCUCAGUCCAGGAGAAGCGGGGCGGACAGUCCUUCCGCCGCGGAGCUCGAAAACAGCUACUCCUCCAAGCGCCGGGCCGCGAGCCCCAGUCCGUACAGGGAGCCUCCCAGGCGGAGCAGACAGAGGUCCGAGAGCCCUUAUCGGAGAAGGAGGUCUUCGAGCCCCGAGAAGGACGGGAGUCCGUAUGUGAGCAGAAAACACUCGCCCGGGAGUCCUUACGGGAACCGACGCUCGUCCAGCACCAGUCCGGUGUCCAGGCCUUCUCUGCGUUCCCGGAGCCGUUCUCCUCACUACUCCUCCUCUCGCCGCUCCUCCUCCCAUUCUCGCACUAAGAAACAUUCUUUAUAUUCCGGAGGAGCCAGCGGAGGCUCCUCCCACAGCAGUCGACCAGGCAGCCGUUCCCCUUCGUCCUCACGCUUGCCGAUCACCUCCAGCCUGGGGGCCGAGCUGACGCGAAGAAAGAAGGAACGUCAGGCGGCCGCCGCCAAGAACUCCCCCUCCCUCCGCCCCAACACGUCCAAUGUCGCAAAUGCGCCAGCGAAAAACACUGAGACGCCUCCGCUAGAGACAGCCCCGCCCCCCGAGCCUCAGAGACCGCCCUCGCCACCUCCGAACACUGAUCCGGCGGAGGAGCCCUCUUCGGUUCCUCCACCGCCUCUCCCGUUAUCCAGUCCACCUCCGCUGCCUCUUUCAUCUCCUCCACCUCUCCCGGCCAACUCUCCUCCUCCUCCUCUUCCUCUCUCAUCCCCUCCUCCUCUACCUCUAAACAGCCCUCCGCCUGCUCCUGCACCUGCUGCAGCCGUUUCUUCUCGCAUGAAAAGCCCCAAACAGAAAUCUACGCAAAGUCCCGCACACACGAUUAAGACUUCCACACUUCCGCCUCUUCCUCUGCCGCCGGUUCUUCUAGGAGACUGCAGAGACAGUCCAAAGAAGAGCAGUCUUUCCCAGAAGUCAUCACGGAAAGAAAGGGAGAAAGAGAAGGAAAAGGAGAAAGAAAUCAGGACACGCCUCCUCAGUGAGCUGCCCCUCCCUCCGGUACUUUCGGGAAGAGACCCCUCCCCUCCACAGUCCCCUGCUCGAGUAUCUCCACUGCUUCUGCAACAAACCUUCAAGAAGAGACCAAAGAUUUGCUGUCCUAGAUAUGGAGAGAGGAAGCAGACUCAAACCGACUGGGGCAAGCGCUGUGUGGAUAAGUUUGACAUCAUCGGUAUCAUUGGAGAAGGAACCUACGGUCAGGUGUACAAGGCCAAGGACAAAGACACGGGAGAGCUGGUGGCAUUGAAGAAGGUGAGAUUGGAUAAUGAAAAAGAGGGUUUCCCCAUCACUGCCAUCAGAGAGAUCAAGAUCCUGAGACAGCUCAACCAUCGCAGCGUCGUCAACAUGAAAGAAAUCGUCACUGAUAAGCAAGACGCACUUGAUUUCAAAAAGGAUAAAGGUGCAUUUUACCUGGUUUUUGAGUACAUGGACCAUGACCUGAUGGGGCUGCUGGAAUCAGGAUUGGUGUCUUUCUCCCAUGAGCAUGUGCAAAGCUUUAUGCGUCAGCUGAUGGAGGGAUUAGAUUAUUGCCACAAGAAGAACUUUCUGCACCGAGACAUCAAGUGCUCCAAUAUCCUGCUAAAUAACAGUGGUCAGAUCAAACUUGCCGAUUUUGGUUUGGCACGUCUUUAUAACUCUGAGGAAAGUCGGCCGUACACUAAUAAGGUGAUCACGCUGUGGUACCGCCCACCUGAGCUGCUACUGGGAGAAGAGAGAUACUCGCCUGCUAUUGAUGUCUGGAGUUGUGGGUGUAUUUUGGGAGAACUCUUCACUAAGAAACCAAUUUUCCAGGCCAACCAAGAGCUUCUGCAGCUUGAGCUGAUCAGUCGUUUGUGCGGUAGUCCAUGUCCUGCUGCUUGGCCAGAUGUAAUUAAGCUGCCGUACUUUAAUACCAUGAGACCCAAGAAACAGUACAGACGACGCUUACGGGAGGAAUUCGCUUUCCUGCCCACCUCUGCUCUUGACCUGCUGGACCACAUGUUGACGCUGGACCCCUCGAGACGCUGUACGGCCGAACAGGCCCUCGCCAGUCACUUUCUGUGUGAUGUGGAGCCCAACAAGAUGCCGCCACCUGAUUUGCCGCAUUGGCAAGACUGUCAUGAGCUCUGGAGCAAGAAGCGACGGCGGCAGAGGCAAAGCGGAGUGCCUGAGGAUUUCCCUGUUGCAAAAGCUCCCCGAAAGGAACCCGCAGGACCUUCAGGAGGGGAGAACAGCCGCCUGCCACCCAGUCCCCCACCACCACCACCCUCAUCUGCCCAUCCUGCACCGGCAAACAUCACAGCCACUGAGCUGGAAGGUUUGGGAGCCGCAGCGGAGCAGUUGAACCAAACGGAGCUGGCGGUUCUGCUGAACCUGCUGCAGGGCCAGACGGACAAUCUGAGCAUCCCGCAGAUGGCGUAUCUCCGUAGCUCCUCCUCUGAAGCCUCCACAUCAGUGCUCUCCAGAACGCCUGCCGCCCCCUCCACCCCUGAACCGGACGCCGCGCAGCAGCUCGAACUGCUUAGUCAGCUCUCCACCUUAAUUCAGUCCUCUAGCGUCCCGCAGCCGGCGGAGAUCCCGCAGGAAGACCAGGCCGGUCUGCUCGCGCUCCUGCUGGAGCAGCUGAUAAAGGCCCCGGCGCCGGGGGCGGAGCGGGCGGACGAGAGCAACGGAGUCCGGCCGGACGAGGGCGCUGCGAGAGGCGCGUCCGCUUCAAUCAUGGGCGGCGAUCGCGAGGAUUCUGCAUUAGUAAAUCCAGAAGAGACGGGGUCAAAGUCUGCGAAACUGGCUCCGGACAUUACAUCGGAUGUAGCGACCACCCUCCUCCAGCUCAUCUCCCAGCAAGCCCCCGAGAGCCGACGUCCCGCCGCAGACCCGUGCCCCGGCCGCGGACCCUCCUCGCCCCCGAGCGCCACCCCGCCGCCCGCGAACGCUGCUCCAGAAACUCAGUUCACCCAGGACCAAGACCUGCGGUACACCCUGGGAGGAGCCGCCGGCCCUUCCUGAACCCUUCUCUCAACUCCAUCUCUUCCGUUCGUUGUCGUUUUUUUUUUUACUUCAUGUGCUUUAGCCGUUAAACUUCCGUUUGCUACAUAUUAAUAUAUUUCUUUCUUCCGUUAAAGGAAAACGUGAAUGUUAAAGGAACGGUUCUUGAAUGCGAAUGGAUGAUGUUCAUCCCUCCCGAGUGUCUCCGACUGCGACGGACUGUGAGUUUUAGCCGCGUGCGAUUUCUUUGAGGGCUGCGUAAGUGUCUGAAUCGAGCAAGUUCUUUAGUGCUGGUACGUGCGACGCGAGAGACCCCAUCCGGCUCGUGCUACUUCCAUUUUUUCCGAUUCCGUACAAAGGAGCGAGGAAAACGUCAAAGGAAAAGCCAUUGCGGCGCUUGAGUGAGGCCUUUGUUUUCACUGAUUCACAUUAGCUUGUGCGUAAGAUGUUAUUUUGAUUUUUUUGGUGGCGGGGGUGGGAGGCUUGUCCUCAUCCGAAUGCUCUUUUCAGGACCGCAAGGUUUAGCAAAGUUCAUUUAAAUCGAAAGGAUCUUCAGAGAGACACUGAACUGACUUGAAUUUUAGCGCCAGAUUUGCCAGUUUUGAUUUGACUCUGCCAAAUGUACAUGUUGUAAACUGAUAAUAAAUGAAAAAUGUGGCUGAGUAAAA